GCUCUCUUGGAUCUAUUCUUCUAAGGACAGAGUUAGAAGGCAGAGGGAAAGGGCGGCAAAAAAAAGACCUUGAACAAAAGGUAGUAAGACAAAAUAUUCAAGUGGGAAGGUCAUGUGACUGAACUUAAUGGGAAGAACGAGAUACAGGAAGGGUAGUGACUCAGCAGGCAAUCUUUUCUUUGUUCAACUUUCAUUUAUGCUUUUAUUAUUUUGUUGUUUGAAAUGCAGACUAGACAUGAGGAAAAAAAGGUUUGUGUUUUAAUAUCAGAAGAUGUGCUUGUAUUCAUUUUGGUCUCACUUACCAGGAUUCAGGAUGCAGAUAUGUAUGGCACUUUUGGAACUUGGUUAGGUGGGACAGAGACAGAAAGAUGUGACUUGAACUGAUCCAGUGGAAUGUCUGUCCAGGAACGUUCACAUAAUUGUCCUUGAGCUGUCUUAAUGGAGAAGUAACUCUUAAUGACAGGUAGUGGUUAGCUCUUCUGCAGGACUUAAUUAGAUGUGCAGGAAUCUUGCCUCUAUUAAGAUACUACUUUUGAGUCAGUAAGUUAGUGGACAGGAUGUGAGCACCAGCUAAGAGACUGUAAAUUAGGACAUGAUGAAUGUGUUCAGUGAUUCAACAUCAGCGACUGCUUUAGGAAAAUUGGUCAAGCUUACAGAUUUCAGAUUACAGCUUUCAGAUUUAUUUGCAUCAUUCAUAAAAGCUUGUGAUUUGAACUAUUUGAACAUAUGGGGAACAUUAUACAUGUGUUUUCAAUAAGUGCAUACUUUUCUGCAAAAAGCUGGAUUUAAAAUUGUUGCCACCAUCUACUACCAAUUACUAUUAGUUAAAGCCUCUUUUGGAGAAAAUAACAUCACUGAUCCUUUUCCUUUUUGUCUAAAAGCUUCGAAACAAGACAGCAAAUGUGUGUGUCUCCAACCAUUCCUUCAUGUAGAACAUUUCAAGUUUAUAUGUUGUAUUUUGUUCAUAUGGACUUUUCUCAUCAGUUCAGACCAGAGGAUUUCAGUAGAGUUCACAUCAGGAGAGAGAGACAUUGAUCUAUAAAAUCUUUUUGUACAUAAAGUGAAUCUGAACCAGUUUGUCUGCUGCAGCACAAAUUCAUCAGGAGUCUCAACGGCUGGGUGAUGCGCAAUAUUCAUUUUCUGCCUGAGUGCUCAAACUGACUUAUUAUAGUAAAACAUAGGAGGAACCUGUCAAGUAAACUGGUGAAACUCACAAGUUUAGCGUUAUUGCUUUGAAGUGGCAUGUGUAAAUAUUAAUGUAUGGUUGUAAUCUAAAAGAAAAAAAAAAGACUUUACUGUCACAUAUACAUAUCAGCACACUGAAAUUCUUAUUUAAAAUAUCCAUGCUUGUAAGGAAGUAGUGGUCAGAGCAUUGGGCAGUCAUAAUAUGGCACCCUAGAUCAAAAGAUGGCUCAAGGGUCCAGCAAUGGCACCUUGGCAGUUAUGGGGUUAAACCCCCAAUCUUCUGAUCUGUAACAACUAUGGCUUAAUUGUUGUUGACAAGGUGUGAAUCUGUAUGGAAAUGUAUGAUUAUAUAUGUAUCUGUAUCUAUGUACAUAGUGGCCUACAAUGGACUGGCAACUUUUUAAAACUCUAUUUUGCCUCAUGUCCAGUGCAUCUAGAUGACAGCCAUCAGGUCAACAAAUGCAUAAAAAGUGCACUGGACAGUCCGCUGUAGGAGAAAAUGUUUCAUCACACUGAUCUCUCAGAGCUCUGUUUGUGCAUGCAUGCAGUGUAAUUUAACUCACUAGAGGCGACUCUGAAUUCUAGCUGGCUAGCUUUAACUAUCUGGCUAAAAGACGAUGUGAAGAACAACAUUCCCACGCUUGUACAAUUCUAAUCUGUUGCUUUCUCAUGACUAUUUGUGAAGCUGUGCUACUUUUCAAAAAGUAUGAUGUGUCCAAAAAGGCCAAUCAAAUUUGACUAUUCCAGAGGGACUCCUUACACUAACUAAUCAUUUUUAAUGUAUUUUGUAUUUUUAACAAGAAGGUACUAGAUUAGUAGUCCUAUCUGCAUUUGAGUAGUCCUAUCUGCAUUUUUUUCUUGCUGGCUAGAAAAAAAUUAAUAAACAAAUGUUACUAGAGUUGCUCAAAGGUUGUAUAAUUUAUUGAGGCAUUAUCUCAGCUUGUGCACUAGACUUCAAAUAAAUAAAUCAUCACAUAAAUUCUAAAGAAAUACUUUAUAAUAAACCUUAUAAAUGCAUGCAUGUAUCUUCAACAUAUGGUCAGAAAAACUUUUGAACAUUUAAAAACAUUUAAAACUUUAAAAUGUCUGCAAAUAAUCAAUCAUAUAAGUAAAUGUCUAUUAAUCAUGCUAUUAUUUGAUGAUAUUUGUCAAUAAUUAUUCAACAUGCACCUUUGCCUUAUAGAUGACUGUGAUCAGUUUGCACCAAGAAUAACAGCUUGAUUAUGUGACCAAAAUGAAAGACUUCCAUCACUAAAAGUAACCUCUGGCUGACAGGAACAUUGAGGUUUUUAAAAUGUUCCAGAGGAAAAAGAAGAAGAGGAAGAUAGAGAUCUCUGCACCCAAGAACUUUGAGCACCGGGUACACACUUCUUAUGAUGCUGCUCGGGACUGUUUUUUAGGACUACCACCACAAUGGCAAAGUGUAAUAGAAACACUAAAGAGACCGAAGCCGUUGGUGGAUCCUUCCAACAUCACAUCUGUGCAGCAUAAGAAAGAGAAGAACAUUGUGCGGGGCAGUUUUAUAGGACAUGGAGACUACAUUGCAUCAGCAAUUGCUGAAAUGUCUAGGCUUUCUGUUACCAGCUCCAACUCACUCAGGAGGACUAGUGUGUCUCUUCGAAAACGAGCCAAGUCCUUGGGACGCCUGGGUGACCUGGUUGAGGGGGAAACAUAUCAGUAUCAGGAACUCAAUGAAAAGAAACAUCAAUAUAGCCAGUCUGUGUUAGGUUGGCAUGAUUGGACACGGCAAGUCUAUAGUGAAAGCGGAAGCCCACAACCCGGGGCCAAAAAGAGUGCCACUCUCCAACCUAAUGGGCUACCCCCAAGAGCCAAGUCUAUUAUUGAAGUCAGUACGGCAUCUACAGCAACACCGCCGCUUAUGCCAAGGGACAUUUUAGGUUUACAAGGAGCAGGUCAUGAAAGCAACUAUGCCCACAGUGAGAAACUAGGACUGUAUAAUCCCAGCAUGGUUCAGAGAAGCAGUAAAGCCAACCAAAGGCCUGUGUCCUGCCUCUACAAUACUCCCACCUUAAGUCAAGGGUCAAAGGUCACCCCAAGGGUGCCUCCAAUCACAGAACCUGCCUUGGUGUCUGUGGAGACCUCAAGGAGGCCAUAUUCCACUUAUGACCUAAAGACAAACUCAAGGGGGUUCCCAGCCAUCUCAAAACCAAAUGGUACCAGCAGUCCAAAACUGGAGUAUAGCACCCAAUCUCACUCACAGUCCUCCAGCAAUGCAACAAUCAGAUCUCCUAAUAAUGCCUCAGUACCCCCUAUACAGGACAGUCCAACUCAGCCUCGGCCAUCGCCUACAGGUUCCCCCUCCACUAACAUUUCUGGGGCUUACUCUCCCUGUCUAAGGACUGCUGAGCCAGCCACUACCAUAUGUGAGCAGCCUGGAGUCACUCAUGCACAGUUCAAGGCUGCUCUGCAAAUGGUAGUGGACAAAGGGGACCCUCGCACCUAUCUAGAAAACUUUGUGAAGAUUGGUGAAGGCUCAACAGGAGUUGUCUGUAUUGCACGGGAGAAACAUAGUGGGAAACAGGUAGCCGUAAAAAUGAUGGAUCUGAGGAAACAGCAAAGAAGAGAGCUGCUCUUUAAUGAAGUGGUUAUCAUGAGAGACUACAGGCACAAGAAUGUGGUUGAGAUGUACAAGAGUGCUCUAGUGGAGGAGGAGCUUUGGGUCAUAAUGGAGUACUUGCAGGGCGGCGCUUUAACCAACAUAGUAUCCGAAACUAGGUUGACAGAGGAGCAGAUAGCUACAGUGUGUGACGCUGUGCUACAGGCUCUAGCCUAUCUCCAUGCACAAGGUGUCAUCCACAGAGACAUCAAGAGUGACUCAAUAUUACUAACGCUGGAUGGGAGAAUAAAGCUGUCAGACUUUGGAUUCUGUGCUCAGAUCAGCAAAGACAUUCCAAAGAGGAAGUCAUUAGUUGGAACACCAUACUGGAUGGCUCCAGAGGUUAUCUCCAAAACCCCGUAUGGAACAGAGGUGGAUGUGUGGUCUCUGGGCAUUAUGGUGGUGGAGAUGGUUGAUGGAGAGCCUCCAUAUUUCAGUGAGACACCAGUAGCUGCUAUGAAGAGAUUGAGAGAUGAAGCAGCACCUUCUGUCAGAAAUACACACAAGAUGUCACCAGUGCUGAGGGACUUUUUGGAAUCCAUGUUGACAAAGGACCCUCUGGAGAGAUCGAGUGCUACUGAUCUACUCAAGCACCCUUUCCUGCUGCAAAGUGGUUCUCCUCGAUGUCUGGUGCCUCUUGUGGAACAGUAUCGGAAACGCAUGUCUCGCUGUUGAACAGUGCUACAGAACUGUAUAAGCCGAAUACAGAAACUCUAAAAUACAAUUCGUGAAUGUGAACUACUUAUGCCCAUCAGUGAUCUGACUGCCAUCAGUGAUCUGACCUCCAUGGUCAGUAUUUUCAAAAGGAGUACUUUUGAAUACAUUUACAUUUUUUUUUUUAUCUACCCUAGAUAAAUGGCCACUAGCGCUGUUGACUCUCAUGAAGUAUAUAAAUUCCACAAGUUCACUUCACUAUAGAAAAACUUCACUAUAGCAAGUACAUCUCAGUAUUACUCAUUAAAUAACAGAAAUUUAUUAAAAGAUUUUGCAAAGUCUAAAUUUUUACUUUUAUAUUAAUGUGUAGUAUUUCCCUAAUUGUCAGUUCCUAAAUUUCAUUGCAUCAUUAAAAAUACCUAGUGUAUUGCUGAUAAAUUAAAUGAUAAUGGAAUGUAUUUAUUUGAUAUUGGCACUAAUCAUCUUGAAAAAAUGAAUGCAUAAUUUCCAUUAUAAUGUGUCUUUCGGAAGUGAUGGCCCUAAUUGAGUAGGUAGGUUAGUCUGCUCAACUAAAUCUAUUUUAUAUUAAAGCACUUAUUCCUAACAUUUGAGCAAACUAUUUUUUUAAUUCAUUAUUGUUAUAUAUUGUUAAAUCAGUUGCAUUUCAAAGUGAAAUGUUCCACAUGAUUUUUCCCCUCAGAUUUAAAGAAUUUAAUUCAGUGUUAAUUCCACAUACUGUAAAUCCAUUCUGAAUCACUUUACGGUUCUUGUUAACAGCGUUAUUCUGGAGUCAUGAUUCAUGGUAUACUAUUCAAACAUAUGAAAUGAUGAUUCUGUGCACGCAUAUGUCAAUAAUGAGCAGCACACAGGACCGGGAUAUAUAAUCCAGAGUUUUUUAGAAGGCAGUUCUGGAGUUAGUAUUGUGUGUGCUAUUCAUUAAAUGAUUCAAUGAAAAAAAUGUAUUUUUUUUUAACAAACUCAAUACU